AUGAUGCAUGAGAGCCAUUCUCCUCAAAGGCAAGAUGCUUUAACCCUUGAAGGUUUUUCUUCUUCCACCAGAAAGAAAAAAGGAGGAUGGAAAUCAGUCAAAUACAUUCUUGGAAACGAGACGUUCGAGAAAUUGGCUUCUAUGAGUUUGAUAUCCAACUUAGUUGUUUACAUGCAUACACAAUAUAACAUGGAAACAACAUUUUCAGUUGAGGUUUUCAACAUUUGGUCUGGUUUCACAAAUUUUCUUCCAUUAGUAGCUGCUUAUCUUGCAGAUGCUUAUAUUGGAAAGUUUCGUAUGCUCAUAUUUGGCUGCAUAGCUUCAUUUCUGGGCAUGGGAUUCAUGUCAUUAGGUGCCGGUGUACCAUCAUUAAGACCACCAACCUGCUCCACCCUUUCUGAUUGCAUACCGAUAAAACCAACAGCCUUGCAACUUGCUAUCCUAUAUACGGGACUUGGAUUUUUCGCAAUAGGCUCAGGAAGCCUAAGACCAUGCAACAUUGCCUUCGGAGCCGAUCAAUUCGAUAUAAAAACAGAAAAAGGAAGAGCUCAACUAGAGAGCUUUUGCAAUUGGUGGUAUUUUUUAUUCACAGUAGCUCUUUUGGUAUCUCUCACUGCAGUUGUCUACAUUCAAACUAAUGUAAGCUGGUUUCUUGGUUUCAUCAUUCCAACCGGGUGUUUCGCCGUCUCCCUGACCAUCUUCGUGUUCGGCCACGGAACUUAUAUUCGGUUAAAGCCGAAAGGGAGCAUCAUAUGUGACUUGUUGAAAGUAAUUCUUGCUGCAAUUAGGAAACAUCAUGUUGAUAUGAAGGAAGAUUCCGAACUCUCAUUUUAUGAUCCACCAUUAAGUUCUAAUGAGUCAGAAGAUUCAAGACAUGUGAAACUUUCUCACACAAAUAGGUUUAGAUUUUUCGAUAAAGCCGCGGUGAUUACAAACCAAAGCGAAAUUGACAACAAUGGAAAAUCAAUAGAUAAUUGGAGGUUAUGCAGUUUACAACAAGUGGAAGAAUUGAAAUCAAUAUUAACAACUUUACCAAUUUGGUUAGCAGGCAUUAUAUGCUUUCUUUCAAUGGGACAAGCAAAUUCUUAUGGAAUUUUACAAGCAUUACAAACAAAUAAAUCAAUCGGUCAGCAUUUUAUCGUUCCUUCAGCUUGGAUGGGAUUAGUACCAAUGAUUUUUAUUUCCUUAUGGAUUCUGCUUUAUGAGAAAAUCUAUGUCCCUUUAACUAAGAAAAAAACCUUGAAAGGUAAAAGGUUAUCAAUUGAACAAAGGUUAGGAAUAGGAAUUAUAUUUUCCAUUGCUUCUAUGGUGGUUGCCGGACUAGUAGAAGUGCGUCGUCGCAGCAACGCAUUGAAACACAAAACUUUUGAAUCACAUACAAGAAUUUGGUGGCUUGUUCCACAAUUUGGUUUAUCUGGUUUGGUCGAAGCAUUUGCCGCAAUUCCUAUGAUGGAGUUGUUAACUUCAUAUUGGCCUGAAAGUAUGAAAACAUUAGGUGGUGCAGUGUUUUUUCUAAGUUUAUCUAUUGCAAGUUCAUUGAGCAAUGUUCUUAUAAAGAUUAUUGUGGUUGUGACAAAGAGGAAUGGUGGAACACCUUGGUUAGGUGGUAAUGAUUUGAAUAAGAAUAGGCUUGAGUAUUAUUACUAUACUAUUGCUGUUCUUGGAGGGUUGAAUUUGUUGUAUUUUUUGUUCUUUGCUCGUUUUUUUCUAUGUAGUGAGGUGUUACAGAGACAGGGUCAAAGUGAAGCAGGAGAUGAAGAAAAUAAUUAUCAACAAUCAAUGUGA